AUGGCGUCGGCAAAGGAUAAGCCUAAUAUCCUGCUCCUUUCCCUCUCAUGCCUAGAAUAUUUUGAUGACGUUUACAAACCACUUAUCAGCCGCCUCCUCGAUAUCUCAUACCUCACACGAGUGAAGACAACCUCCACCGCGCUUAAGGCAAUCGAUAGCACAAACUUCAAGGCAGUCAUCGUGACAGAUGAAGGCCUCGCAGACCCCGAAAACCGAGUAGUUUUGGUCAAGCUGAAAGACUACAUCGAGAGCAGGGGACUGGCCAUCGUCGGCCUACGUUUUUCAAACUUUAUUCGCCUAGAUCGCUUCAAAGUAUUCUUCAAAGCAUUCGGUCUUACCUGGGUACCAGGUAACUAUCACGCCAAGACCAUCUGCUUUGUUCCUUCGAAUGCCUACCCCAGGUUCCUAAGACCUGCUUCGUUACCUGGACAGCGUACUGUCAAUGUUCGCCACGUGCAGAAUCCUAGACCGCACGAGAAAAUAUUUGUCCCUAUUCCCGACGCCAAGAGAGAUAACGACGCUGAGGCAGGGCGAGUGGUCAAUUCAGAAUCUGCCGUUACAGGAGCAAGAAUUGGACACGACGAUUUAGUUUACUGUGGAGAUGUUAAUGGAGGUGUCGGUUCAGCGCGUUUGAUUUUAGCGCUCUGUGGAUUUUUAACCCACCUGCUGGCUCUACAAGCCCAGCCAGAUGGAUCUUGA